AUGAUUACAAUCCUUUCAGAAUGGUUUGUAAACCUUACUACAGCCACGAAGAUAGUAGUGGGCACCCUACUGUGUCUUGUUUUGGUCCUCCUGAUUGGUCUAAUAUGCUGCUGCUGUUGCAAAAGAGGAAGAUGCAGGAGAGACAUCCGGAGAAGCGACCUUAAGAGAGUUCAUUCUGAGGAUAGGCAUUACACGCUGCCAAACCAAAUAACCAGAUUAUCAAAACUACGUCAGAACAUCACACGGCGUAUAAGCGCCCUUUGGAUGGAUCGAGAAGUCGCUGACGGUGAAUCUGUUGGAACAAGCAGAAUAGCCCAGAAUUCUCCCAGGAAAGAUCGAAAUAUACGCAUGCCCUCGCCGUCACCGUCCCUUACUGACAGGCCGUACAUGGACAUGUCGUGCUUGACCAAAGCUCAUAAAGAUUCUGAGACUCCGAAACAUCCUGAUGACCAUGACGCCUUGUCAACCAAAGAAUACGUUAAACCAGAUCGAAAACCCCUUCCUGUACCCCCGGUGAAGCUCCAUCCGAAGCUGCAAAAUACCGACGGACACAGUAGUUUGAGGCUGAAAAAUAUUUCAAGCCCCAUGGGUGAACUGGGGUAUUACAGUCCACAACUGCCUGUAAAAUUUCAGGCUAUUUCGGCUAUGCCAGCCCCACCGCCAUAUAGCACGUGCCAACAAUGCGCCAUGGGCCACUUUGGUCAUGCGUGUAGUUCUAUGGUGCAAAUGCCAAUACAACAAUCACCAGCUCAACAAUCCAUGUACAAUAAUCAAAUGUACAUACCUGAGGAGCCGCGUCACCCCGUGGGGAUCCGAACGUACAGCCAAGGUACGGGCAUGUCCAUGAGGGGCCCACCCUGGAAAGGCGGCAUGGGUCAUGUGUAUUUCCACGGAAAUAUGCCCUAUAAUCAGUGCAUACCGGAAGUGACGGACUACAGUGAUGAGACUGACAAUGGCGGUGGUCCAUUUUUUGGACAUCAAUAUUCACUGAACAGCAGAAAACCACUUUUGCAUGACCAUGAAAGAAUUAAUUCAAAAACUGAAAGUAAGGUGUACGAUAAACCACUGGAACAUGAACCUGCAUACAGUGACCUAACUGAACUAGAAACAGAAUGUCAUCAAACAUACUCUGAAAGACAACCGUACCCACCGAAAAUGCCAGGCUUUCAAAAUAUACAGAAGAAACAUCUCCGCAUGUCUAUGGAUUUAAAAUGAAUUUCCGAAAAAAAAAAAAAAUCAGGAAACUACGUGUAGUUCCGUUGAAAAAAGUAUAACAUGUUUGGACAAACUCGAAAAAUAUUUCUGCAGUGGGGAGUGUCUGGAUAUCUUAUGUAAUCCGAAUCUGGUAAUUACCUAAAAUCAGUGAUUAUACAAUUAAUCAGUAUGUGAUCUGUACCAGAAAUCAGUGAUUGUUACUUGUAAUCAGUGAUUAUUACCUGAAAUCAGUGAAUAUUACUUGUUAUCAGUGGUUGUUACAUGUAAUCAGUGAUUAUUACUUGUUAUCAGUUAUUAUUACCUGAAAUCAGUGAUUAUUACUUGUAAUCAGUGAUCAUUACCUGAAAUCAGUGAUUAUUACGUGCAAUCAGUAUGUGAUCUGUACCUGAAAUCAUUCAUGAUUACGUGUUAUCAGUGAUUAUUACCUGAAAUCAGUGAUCAUUACAUGUAAUCAGUAUGUGAUCUGUACCUAAAAUCAGUGAUUAUUACUUGUAAUCAGUGAUUAAUACCUGAAAGCAGUGAUUGUUACAUGUAAUCAUUAAAUGUUAUUUGUUAUCAAUAAUUAUUACCUGAAA